CCGCUUGCAUCAGUCGUUUGUCCCUGUGGCCUCUCCCCCUUCUCAUAUCCGUCCUCUGCCCCUGCCCUGCUGCGGCUCACCAAGGAAGAAGAGGGACACCACACCGCCACCUGUUCAUCUUUAGAGCACGACUUACGAAGAGUACCCCGGCCGUCGCCGCCGACCACCAAAAGGGCCGGAAAGGACGGCCUCUCGCUUGAGCGUGCAGCUCGGCGCCGGCCAUCCUGCUUUCCAACUCUCCCCCUGGCCCCGUCUCAUAAUUUGUAAUUCCAAAUCCUUCCUUGGCUGCUCAAAGUGCCGACCAGAAAUGAAGAGGCAAUCCAAGAGGCCCGCCAGCAGCCAUGAAUCCACAGAAGAAGGGGAGAAGCUGGCGUUCGCGGAGGACGAGGCCCUAGCGGCGCGCAACAUGGAGCACGAGGAGGCCGAGCCCGAGCUGGACGACGCGGACGACGACGAAGACGAGCUGGCCAGCGGCCGCGCGGGGCGGUCUCCGGGCGGGCUGGGCGAGAAGAAGCGGCGCCUGGCGGUGGAUCAGGUGCGCGCGCUGGAGCGGUGCUUCGAGACGGACAACAAGCUGGACCCGGACCGCAAGUCCCGCAUCGCGCGCGACCUCGGCCUGCAGCCGCGCCAGGUCGCCGUCUGGUUCCAGAACCGCCGCGCCCGCUGGAAGACCAAGACGCUCGAGCGCGACUUCGCCGCGCUGCGCGCCCGCCACGAGGCCCUCCGCGCCGACUGCGACGCGCUCCGCCGCGACAAGGACGCACUCGCCGCCGAGAUACGGGAGUUGAGGCAGAAGCUGUCCAAGCCGGAGGCGGCGGCGAAGCUUGAGGCGGCGGCCAAUGACGCCGCCGCGGAGGAGCGCCAGGCGACGGCCGGCGCGUCGGCCGCGGCGGUCUGCAAGGACGGCUCCUCGGACAGCGACUCCAGCGUGGUGUUCAACGACGUCGAGGCGUCGCCCUACUCCGGCGCGGCGUUCGAGCAGCCGGCCUUCGCCGGGUUCGGGGCACCGUUCUUGGACACGUCGGCGGCGGUGACGACAGGCUGCUCGUCCCUCUCCAUGUUCGAGACCAAGUGGCAGCAGGCGCCGGCAUGCCCAUACGACUCGUACAAGAGCAGCGGCGGCGUCUAUGGCUUCACGGAGGAAUGGUUCGCCAGCUCGGACGUGAUCGGCAGCGGCGACUGCGCGGCUAGCUUCUUCUCUGAGGAGCACGCCUCCAGCCUCAACUUCGGCUGGUGCGCGAGCAGCACCGAGGCCUGGGAGCGAGCGAGGCUUUGAUCUCCCCGGUUAGUGUGAACAAAACAAGCAGCAAUGUUACGCAAGGCCCGGAACAUUGGAAGUUUGGAACAAGUGCAGUAGCCAGCAACAAUAACGGUGAAUUUUAGGCAGGCUAAAUGUAAAUGUGAAAAAAUGUAAAAAGAGACCGUCCUGCUCCACCGCCGUCUGUCCGUUUUGCGGUGUACUACUUGGAUGCAAAUGCAACGAGUCGGCAACGGUAGCGUGCUAGGGGGAAAUGGGAAAUGAUAAGCAGAGUGCGAUUUAGGAUUUUAUGAUGUCUAAUGAAAUAAAACAUAGUACUAUCUCUAAUCAAAAUAAGUGUUGG